CACACACACACACACACACACACAAGAACUACAUGGUAUUCUAACCCAAAUCUGAAUGAGGCUAACGUUCACAGCACAGCAGCUGGGACACCUGCGAUAAUGCAUAUCCCUGCUCAGGGCUGUAUUGCAGUUAGAGGCUGAGGUACUCUCCACCAGAGACAGGAAGCCCUGACUUUCUGGUUUCUUAGCCGUUGUGGUGUGAGAACUCACACAUGUCAAGGUUUGAAGGGUGGAUGCGCCAUCAGUUCAUCUGCUCUGGGAGGGACAGAAACCUUUGCUUUCCUCGCGGAACUCUCCAUAGCACAAGAUCCUCAGCCUAGUUCUGUUUUAAGGGAGAAAGUGGGAAUCUGCGUCACUUAUCUACGUUUUACCUGAAGACUUGGCAUGCAGGCUGUUGUCAUCAGCAGUUUGGGCGAGUCCCCAGGACAUUAGAAUGUAGAAGACUCUCCAGGACAAGGCCCACACUUAUCAGCAAACAUGGGCUGCAACUGCAGCUCGGAAUAUGACGACGACUGGGUGGAAAACCUGGACGAAUACUGUGAGCACUGCAACUGCCCGCUGCCUCCUCAGAGCAAAAACCAGUACACAGAUAUGCGGGAUGGCCUAAUUCCUUAUCCAUCUCACACUCCUCCCUCAUCUCCACUUCCUGAUAACUUAGUCAUCGCAAUAUACAGCUAUGAGCCCAACCACAGUGAAGACUUAGGUUUUGAAAAAGGAGAAAAACUUAAACUCCUGAAUACAGAUGACCAAGAGUGGUACAUGGCUCAGUCCCUGGCCACAGGGAAGACAGGGUACAUCCCUCACAACUUCGUCGCCAAGCUGGACACCAUGGAGACUGAACCGUGGUUCUUCAAAGACAUCUCUCGCAAUGAUGCCAUGAGACAGCUCCUGGCCCCAGGAAACACCCUGGGCUCGUUCCUCAUCAGAGAAAGCGAAACUACCAAAGGGUCUUUCUCCUUGUCUGUGAGGGACUUUGAUCCGAACACCGGCGACACUGUCAAGCACUACAAGAUCCGCAACCUGGAUAAUGGCGGCUUUUAUAUCACACCCAGGAUAUCGUUCAACACCCUGUCGGAGCUUGUUCAGCAUUACUCUAGAGACGCGGACGGUCUCUGCACGCGCCUGACCAAGCCCUGCCAGACCCGGGUCCCGCAGAAGCCCUGGUGGCAGGACGAGUGGGAGAUUCCCCGGGAGACGCUGAAGCUGGAGCGCCGGCUGGGCGCGGGGCAGUUUGGGGAGGUCUGGAUGGGUCUGUACAAUAACAACCGGAAAGUGGCCAUCAAGAACUUGAAGGCUGGCACCAUGUCCACCAGCGCCUUCCUGGCUGAAGCCAACCUCAUGAAGAACCUGCAGCACCCCAGACUGGUCCGCCUGUACGCCGUCGUCACGCAGGAGCCCAUCUACAUCGUCACCGAGUUCAUGGAAAACGGGAGCCUUGUCGACUUUUUGAAGACACCGCAGGGAUCCAGCUUACCAAUCAACACGCUCAUAGACAUGGCUGCUCAGGUGAGUGAUCAGCACACUAUAUCCAGUAGACCAGACAGUGAGAGGACGGCUGUUACCGACUCCCACGGCCGCAGGCGGGAGCCCCGGGGCGGAGAGAGGGUGAGGGGACCCGUGGGGGCUGGAGACGCCUUGAGAGAAGACCCCAGCUGCAGGGGCUGUCUCGCGCGAUGGCGCUUCCUUCGGGCUGCUCAGAAGUACCUGCUAGCGGAGCUGGGUCAGGCUCGCUCCCGCAGCUCUCCGGCGCCGCCGCUUGGGGGGGGGGGCGGUCAGACAGGCGCCCCCGGGCCCGUGGCUGGGAAGGGUGGGCCAUCGGGGUGCGGGAGUUUGCCGUGCGAAGCAAUUGUCAGACCUCCCUUCUCCUUCCCUUCAGGUGCCAAGUUCCCCAUCAAGUGGACAGCCCCCGAAGCGAUCAACUACGGGACCUUCUCCAUCAAGUCAGACGUGUGGUCCUUCGGCAUCCUGCUUACUGAGAUAGUGACCUACGGGCGCAUCCCUUACCCAGGAAUGACCAACCCGGAGGUGAUCCAGAACCUGGAGCGCGGCUACAGGAUGCCGCAGCCCGACAAUUGCCCCGAGGAGCUCUACAGCGUGAUGAAGCGCUGCUGGCAGGAGAGCCCCGAGGACCGGCCCACCUUCGAGUACCUCAAGAGCGUGCUGGAGGACUUCUUCACGGCCACCGAGGCCCAGUACCAGCAGCAGCCCAGCUGAGCGCGCGGCGCGGCACCAGCCCAGCGCCUUCGGAACACCCCGGCCCGCGAGGCGCUUGGGUCUCUUUUGUUGUUUUGUUGUUUUUUUUUUCUUUUUUGAAAUGUUCUGUGAAACUUUUUUUUUGCAGGGAGGAGAGACGGUAAUCUAAGACUCAUGUCCUAGAAAAGCCUUCCGCUUUUCCUACAGGUUUUGGGUGUACAGAGUUUCUGAUUUCUAUGUAUCUUCGUUGCAACGCUUUGUUGCGCUUUUUUAACAUUUUGUUGUUUUUUUCACUCCCGCCCGAAGGGAAAUUGAAGGAAAAAACUUCAUUCCCGUUUGUAAACCACAAGUUUUCACUGUCUCCAAAAGCGUUAGUGUUAAUACUAUCGCAGAGUAUUUAGGAUUACAUUUACUUUUUUGUUUUUACUGGCAUUUUUGAUUAUAGAAAUAUUCAUAUGUUGGAUUACAGCUAUACUGUUACCAACCUUUGUGCUUAGAUGUCUCAUGGUCUUGCAUUUUCUGUAACACAUUGGCACAUAAUGCCUCUGUGUUUGUGUAUCCAAAUAAUUAUCAAAUAAAAUAUUAGGAAAUAAAUGUCUCUGUGCAAUAAACAUAUUUGUGACUGUA